CGAAAGUACAACAACAUACGUGUAAUAUAAAGUACUAUAAAGUGCUUAAAUGAAGUACUAUAAAGUACGUAAAUAAACUAUAAAGUACUUAUCUUUCAUUAACGAUUAUUCGUACUGUAGCAGUACUGUAAUCGACGGCGAAGUUCAAAGGUCUAAUCGCGUAUGAACCACCUUGUCAACAGCACGCGGUUGUCACAGAACCCAAAGGCCGUUCAAGUGACCAAAAGGUCACACUUUAAACGUAAAUAAUAUUAAUAUUUUUUUAUAUUUGACACAAGAAAGUAAGAGUACUACACGCUGUCCUCACGAAAACACAAUGUUUCCUUUUGUGGAAUACUUUGGUGGGUCUGGUAAAUUUCGUCGCGAUUACCGAUGUUAUUCAUGCCCUUCCAAUCGGAAGAACGUGGAACAUGGUGGCAAAGUGAUACUUCCAUCGUCCGCUCUGGACAUCUUGAGCCGCAUGAAUGUGCAGUUUCCCAUGCUGUUCAAAAUUACCAACAGCGCAAAAGCAAAGUCAUCUCAUUGUGGAGUCCUCGAGUUCGUUGCUGAAGAAGGCCGGAUUUAUUUGCCGUCUUGGAUGAUGAAAAACUUAUGCCUCAACGAUGGCGAUGUCUUAUCAGUUGAAAGCUGUACCUUACCGAUUGCAACGUUUUCCAAGUUUCAGCCUGUGUCUUCUGAUUUUUUGGAUAUUACUGACCCCCGAGCUGUACUUGAGCGCGGCUUGCGAGGAUUUGCUUGUCUAACGUCCGGGGAUGCGGUAGCGAUUGAAUACAACGAGAAGAUUUUCGAACUGAUAGUAUUAGAAACACAGCCGGCAGAGGCCGUAUCCAUAAUUGAAUGCGAUAUGCAAGUGGAUUUUGUCGCACCGCUGGAUUAUAAAGAGCCGAAAAGUGUAGUAAAAAAUUCUUCGGCUAAGGAGAAGCCAAUCCUAAUUGAUGCAAAUGAUAUUCCUGGAGUUCUGAAAUUUUUGCCGUUUGAAGGCGCGGGCAGGCGUUUAGGGGGCACGAAACGAAAGAAUAAUCUGGAAACAGCCCAAGAUCUGCUCAACACUGCCCGCAUGGUUGAUGUCGCCACCAUAAGCAUCCGCGGGAUUCCAAAUUAUAACUGGAGACCUGGAUUGUUGACCUUUCGACGUUGCAUGCAAAAGUCAGAGCUCCCAGAGCAGGCAAGAAUGUCGCUUUAUCAAGAGCUUUCUAAACGUGUGUUGAGACCGUGUAGAAUCACAGUAGUGAAAAAGUUCUUCCUUUACUGCGUUUAAGGGAACCGGGCAUAAUUUACUGAAUCAAUAAGGCCUUCCCCACACUCCGCGCCAGCUAAAGAAAUUUCAACUUUCUCCUGUACAGAAUGCUGUCGAGAAUCGUGCACAAAUUCAAGCCAACCCUUACAAACUUCCCGAGACAAAAACGAAGAAAAAUAUUAUUGACUGCUAGCAACUUCGUAAUGGGUUUCUCUUUCUGAUUAAUUUCUAUGCUUUUAGCGGCCUAUGCUUAAAAAAUAGAAGAACAAUCUAACAUACAAGUAGAUACUCAUCUUACCAAGUAAAAACAGUACGUCUGUACAUACAGUAUCUGUCUCAUAAAAAGAACUAAUAUUUUUAAGUUUUAUUAGUGCUGGCUGUGACAAAAGAUAAUAUUUUAUCAGGGACCGCGUCUAUAUAGGCCAGGUUGCGGCGGUUCUUUCCUUUCUCUCUGAUGAUUGAUCUGCUCUGCUUAGGCGUGCGCUUUGCCUGCUUUAUGUUUACAGCAUAGUGCGAAGGUCAAAACUACAGACUGCGUACGACUACACAUCUGUUAUAUAUAUUUUUUCUUGCCUCUGCAGCUCUAUCAACUGGGUAAUAAAUUUAGACUUUCUGAUGGUCUACAAACUGCACGUAAUAACUGGGUGACCUUUACGUUUAAACUUAUCCCCAAAAUGGGGGAUGAGAUAGCUGAUUUUGUUGAAUCUCUUAAAUCUACCGAUCCAUCUAAUCUUGGUUUUGCUAAAGUGAAGAAUACGAUCGACAAAUUUAUUACGAAGCUUGUUCAGUGUAACAUUACUGCUCAGUAUGGUCUCCUUGGUGAAAGUGCUGGACUUCUUCAUAAAUGGACUGAUCGAUUGGCCGAACUUCAUGAACAAACAGUACAGAAACUCAGUGAAUCUCGCGCUUCCACGUCAACAGUCAGCUUCCCAACCGCUGUCUUCAAGCCUUCUUUCGCGUCCAUUGCCAAAUCAAUCCCGUUGUACAUCGUCCCAUUCUGGAAGAAAGCCGCGGUCUGUCCAAUAAUGCCACUCCGAAGCCACCGGCACUUAUCCUGAAGCCUACGUCCCCUCCGACUGGUGACCGUUCACGCACCACCGUUGCUGAAAUGGCAAAGAUCUCCAACGCCCUGAAUAACGCACUACCUCCCGAUACCGUUGACCUGACUGUAUCCCAUAUGCGGCCUAUCCAUGGAAAAGGAGUUCUUUUGGAGUUCAACGACAUCGAAAGCGCCCAGAAAGGUAAAGAAAUCUUGAGUAAACAUGCUAAUACCAUUGGGCUUGAGGUAGUCGAAACUAAAGUUCGCUUGAACAGAAUUAUUGUGCGCCGUGUUCCUGUUGAUUUAGCGGAAGAUGUCGUCUUAAAUGAUAUUCGCACAAAAAAUAAUCUUUCCGAUGAAUGCAUACUAAAGGUUGUUACCAAACUUAAAAGCUAUAGUUUAAUAGUUUAAUAGUUUCUUCUUGGUAGCAGGUAACCCAUUAACCUGCUGUGUUUUGCAUACAGCAUGGGAAUUUAAACCUGGCCGAACACAACACACGCUCAUUAUCAAACUCCGCUACAGAAGGCAUGUGAUACAACACAGCUCAGAAUUGCAAGCAUUAUUAGACCCAUGCACUGGCACACUAAACAAUGGCUAAGCAUUGACAUAAACGUGUAUAAAGCACGCAGACUAAACGCUAUAGACAACAAGGUCCGUAUCGUUCGGCCGUAUCCGUAGUUGAAUGAGGAAUGGAGCACGGGUGCUAGCUAUCGCGAAAAUGUAACUACGUGCGCUUAUGUUUUGGAUGUUGAUCAGGCAAGUCGCAAUUCCUUGCUAACGAAAAAGUCCCUUUUGAUUCGCUGGUUUGUUUGUCCCAGUGAAGAUCACUUUUACGUUCCGCAGUGCAGGCGUUGUUGUGCGUAUGGCCACACUGUAUCGAAAUGUCAGAACGCUCCGCGUUGUGCAUACUGUACUAAGCCGCAUAAAGCCUCCGAUUGCCCGGAAAAUGAGAAUUAUGCUUGUGUUUGUGUGAACUGUGUUGCUAAUGGUGUGCCGGCACCAGAAAAUCAACACUCUGCUUUUGAUCAGUCGACGUGUCACUCUUUUGCAGAAGUUCGAAAUUCACGUUACUUUUUCAACCGAAAUUAUUAAAAAAACCGGCAAAAUUAACUGAUUAUUCAACUAAAAGUUGUUGUUAUAUUUUACCAAAAAAUGUGUCGCGCGUAAGCGCAAUCGGCAAUACGUGCGUAUCCGUUUCUGUACUAUUAAUGGCAUUUGUAUUAAAAUGGCACAGGUCAAGCUGUUUUGUUCCGAAUCAGACAUAACUGGACUUGUCGAAACCAGGGAUAAAGAGCCCUACACUGAUUCUCUCUUCGCUGAUCAACGGUCUUUUAACGUCUUUCGAAGAAGAAGGUCUUAUGAUACGGGUGGUGGUGUUGCUCUGGUUAUACGCAAACGGUACACAGCGUACCGAUGCCCUGAACGAGAGCCAUUAAGCAUUGAAGCAAUUUGUGUGCAUUCGGCUGACCUAGAUAAAUUCUUUAUUGUAUAUUACUCUCCUCCCCUGACAAAUCUCAUUCUGACAUGUUCGUUCUGAUUGAACACCGGUUAGGUAAGAUUCACAUAAUCAUAAUCAUAAACCAUAAUUCAUAAACAUUAAACAUAAUUCAUAAACAUAAUCAUAAACUACGCUCAUAAAAAUUAACUCAUAAAUUCCAAAUUCCAGUUAAAUGCCAGUGGUCAAGACAACAACUGAUUCCUUGUUUCUACCGCAGGGCGAUAACUUUAAAUCUAUCAAAAACAUGGUUUUUUUUGUAUUGUGCGCCAGUUUUAAAAUUAGCCGAAAAUUUGUCAAGGGGGUACCAUUGCCAUUUUUGGAGUACCCCGAAUCUUCAAGUUACGGGGAGCCAUGGCUCCUCUGGCACCCCCCUAAACGCGCCACUGAAAACAUCUGUUACCAAGCUAGAAGUGGUCUUAUUGUUGAUUGUCUAAUCUCUAGUACUGACCCAGCAGUUCAGUGUGCCGCCGAGGAGGCAAUACAAUCGCCAUCUAACCCCAUGCACCAGUUUGCCCCCGUUAUCCAGGCUGAGGCUGAUAGCGCCCGUGCCGCUCUUGUGGCAGGCGAUGGCAGCACCGCUGCUUGUAACAAAGCCCGUGCCGCUACCAAAGACAAUGUGUCUUCCCAUGUUUACUCGAUUAUGCAGGAUGUAUGCUUAAUUUGACCUGCGUUCAGCUCUUUGACAUGCGCCGAACGUUUUCGUGCUAAGUAUAAAUAUGGACGUUCUUGGCACCAUGGAUAGAGCAGCCUCAUCGAUGGACAUCGAAGAGCACCCGGCAAGAAAGCGAAAGAGGUCCGUAGAACUUAGAUCUCCAUCACCGAGCUUGAGCUUUCCUGACAUGUAAGUUUCGCUGGACUCUGUCAGUUCCGAGCACGACAUCUCCGAAAUAUUGUCAGCUGAUGAGCAUUCUGAACAUUCGGUCGUGGAUCUGUAUCCGGAACCGUAUAUCUUGUUUGCCAGGGGCAAUAAAGAGCGUAUAAAAUCGGGCACUACUGAAACAGCCGUUGGAAAGAUUUGGACAAGCAAGAUGUAUCACAUGUUUCAAAGACCCGAAAAACGGAGGCCUCGGAACCAUUCGUUAUUUCUAAACAAAACCAGGUCCACGCUCAAUGUUGCUGCCCAGGUUGUAAAACUAUCCUGAAGAACAGGACAGGGUCACAGUUAUUCGUCGCGAGGGAGGAGUUUGACUACCAAAACGGAACGGGAGGAAAGUCCAUAAUCAGUGUACCUCGAAAAAGAAGAUACUGCAUGCAGGUUGCUUGUGUCCGAAAACGCCAUCCAAAAUUCUCUCCGAAGCAGUGCCAAAUGGAUAAAGCGAUUUUGUUUUCGCAAACUGAGUUACAGGAGAUUGCCGAUUUUUUCGCCACAGUAUGAGAACAAUAGAAACUCGCCAGUUGAAUAGCGAUGAGUUUAUGGCUUUGCGUUGAUCUUUGUUUUUCAAGAAAAUAGUUACAAUUAAACUUCUUUUGAAUGACAUAAGAUUCAUGUUACCGUGCACGAGCCACUUUAUGGCAGUUUCCAUGCUUUAAGAUUUUGUUAUUUCGUGUUUUUGUGACAUGCAUUUAUAUCUUAAUUUUGUGACGUCUUUGUACAGCGAUACUGUAAAGUACUGUACUGCUACCUACUGUACUGUACCCUGCACUUGCCGAAAGUCACUAGUGCAGCCAGGCGUACGUUGUACGAUCGCUAUCACGAUUCACAUAGCGAUCGUAACUGUGAAAAGAUUUACAAGCAUGGAAAGAAGCCGGCAGUGAAAAACCUGAGAUAAUCGAAAUCCAAGAUGGCGGCGCACCCGGACAUAGCAGAAUGUACACGCAACCGGCUCAUAUCAAACACAAUAAUGCCGGUGCACCCCAUAACCGACGUGAAUUUUGGAGCGCAAACAGGGAAAAUGUGCAGUCAGAUCAUGUGCUAAGUAUUCGACCAACAGAUGUGGAAAAAGCCGGACCAUAUCCCACCCGAAAGCCGGACAUUCGCACUGAAAAAUGUGAAAGCGGGCCACGGGAAGUCAGUGAUCAUGACGUUUCCAACUCGAGCGGACUACGAAAAAGAUCAUUUACCGCUCAAAAUAGUGGUAAACAUGGACAUCGCAAGGUCAUCCAAAAAUAACGCGGGAAUAAAGCCCAGUAUAUGAGAAAUCUGGGUACAACUUUGUUUGACAGCGUGGUCGAAUAUGUAAUGCAGAACAAAAUUUUCGAACUAAAAAACAUCAAAAUACAAUGUUGGAAAAAAAUGAAUGCGAAGAACACUGAAGAAACGCGGGAGGUCUUUUGGUCGGCGAGAAACCAAUUUCAGAAAAAGGCUUCAGGGGAAACGAAGUCAAAUGUGACUCUGCCGUUCCUCUCAACUUGAAUGACCUAUACGAAAAUUUUAGACAGCAGGCAGCCUAUGUUCCAGCGGUAACCACAAAACAAAACGAGAACCUUUCCCCCUCGAUACCGGUAUUAGACUCUAAAAUCACUGUUUCAGAAAUUGAAAGAGUUGUUCAAAAAAUAAGCGGCGGAAGCAGCAGCGGUGCGUUUCCGCUACGCACUGAAACGUUCAAACAAAUGUGUGCAAACAACCAGUUUUUGCAAAUUUUGGCAGAUACAUUUAAUUAUGUGCUUGACACGGGAUUUAUCCCACAAGAUUGGCUAAAUGGCACGUUGACGCCGGUACCGAAACCAGCAAGAACGUAUUGUCCUGAAAAUUGUCGACCAGUUGUCGUAGAACCGUUACCAAUGCGUCUGUUAUCGUCAGUUAUAGCAAAAAGGAUUGAGCUCUAGGCAAACAUUGAAGAUGAUCAAGGUGGGUUUCGAGAAGGCAGGAGCACAAUGGAUCAGGUGUUCGUAUUACAUAUAAUCUGUGAGAAAUAUGCUUUCCAGAAAAAGCCGGUUUUCCUUGCUUUUAUCGAUUUUACGAGUGCAUUUGACACAGUGUGCCACCAAAAAUUGUGGGAACGCUUAAUUGAGUUAGGAAUUUCAUCAAAAAUGCUGCAUUUUUUUUUAAAAAAAAAAAAAGCAAAAAAUUGUGUGAAAUGGAAUAACCAGUUUUCAAAAUUUUUCCCGUUAGAAAAAGGUGUUAGACAGGGAGAUCCGUCCUCAGGAAUGCUAUUCGAUAUAUACGUUGACCUUUUAACAAAAUAUGUGAGAGAGGGGCGUACAACCGAUAUUACACUUGGCGAACUACCAGUGUACCUCCUAAAAUUUGCCGACGAUAUUGUAUUGAAAAGCGGAAACAAAGAUGAGUUGUUGGUUU